CUGUUAUGUGUCAGAUGAAUUUGUAGGUUGUGUUGUGAAUUUUCAAAAUGUUGCUUUCCGAGGAUUUUUGGAUAUUUUAUUAGGAAUAUUACUGAAAUACCUUUGUCAUGAGGGAGACUUAUAUACAUACAACACAUAUUUACAAUAAUAAUGGAUCAGAAUGAAUGUAUGGUAGCCCUAGAACGGUUGAUGGAUGAGUUUUUCAACCCUACAACUAGUAAUGGAAGAAAACAUGAAAUCGAGCAAGAAUUCCAGGCCUUCAAAUCCAGUCCUGAAGCUUGGAUGUUGUGCUCCCAUUUCGUCGUGCACUCCUCUAGUCAUUAUGUUAUUAUGUUCUCUUUAACAGUCCUGGAGUCUGUGAUACAUAAACUUGACAAUUCUCACUUGAGGGUUCGAGAUGAGAUCAGGCAAAUCCUCCAAAAUUACUUAUUCAAUUCUGGAAUACACGCACCUCAUUAUCUCAGGGAAAAAUAUGCGAAGCUACUCGUCGAUAUAGCUAAAGAAGACUGGCCUCAUAGAUACCCUGAAUUUAUUGAUCUCAUUAUGGAGCUUUUGAAUAUAUCCGAGAACAGAGUGCUUAUAGGGCUGAUUCUACUGAGAAUAACAAGUGAAGAAUUCACCAACUCUUCAUUUGUAGAUAAAGACCGAAAGGAAGAAUUGGCAAUUUCUUUGGAAACUCACAUUCCAACCUUUUUCACAGUACUUGCUAGAAUACUUGAAAGUUUAGAUAAUAAACCUCGUCACACUGCCACUGCCACGCCACCGCCUUCUCCAACACAUUCUUGCAUCGGAAUAGAACCCUCUGGGGCCAAUUUUGUAGCACCAUUAGAUCCUUAUGCACCGGAUAACAGAACCUUAAAUCGCGAAGUUCUUAAAACCCUCCAACAUCUUUUUACGUGGGUGCCUAUUUAUACUAUAAAUUCGGAAAUUAUGAAGUGCGUUUUCAAUGUUAUGAACAUUUCCAGCUAUUCACAGGAGGAUAUGGACCUGUGUAUGUUAGCUCUUUCUACUAUCAACGAAAUUUUGUACAGGAAAUGUUGCCCCCGUGGUACCGAGCCUGUCUUCGUUCAGUUGUACCACCAUACUAUCGAUCUUUUGAAAGACUUGUCAACUUCGUCGAUUUAUCAGCUUGAAAGUAUUGAUUCUACAUUUGUUCAAAAAUUAUCGGAAUUGAUCGUUCUCCUCAUCCAGCAGCAUUUUUGGAAACUUGAGAUGUAUUCGAACAUUUCAACUAUCGAUUUCCUAUCUCUUUUUUAUCAAUUAACAGUCCAGCUGCCCUCGGCUCAAUGUUACUACCAAUGCCUUAGUACUUGGGCGGCGUUUGUGAAGCAGAUCAAACAACAAAACAGCCAUAAGUAUUUCGAAGUUUUGCAAGGCCUUCUCACCAUGAUGCUCAAAAAAUUCCAGUAUACAUCGAAUUUCGAACAGCUGAAGGGAGUUAACAACUGCGACGUAAACGAAGAUAAUGAAACAGAGUGGGGGCUGUUUGUCAAAGCCUCAAACGAGAUCAUAGCAUUGAUAGCCGAUUUUGCCCCCGUUGAUACAUUCAAUCAGGUGCUUAUCCCUUGGAACGCCCACCAUGAAAGCUAUUUAACAGUGAUGAAGGAACUGUCUAAACAUUCAAACCUCUCCAGCAUGUGCAACAGUGUGGAAGAACGAGAUAGGUUAUGUUGCAUUGUUACAGACUUCUCCACGUUGACCCAGACUCUGGCCCGAUUAUCUUCCUUAUUUACCGAUGAGAAAAGGGAUGAAGUUCCGAAUUCUAUGGUGGAGUUCAUCGAUGGCCUCUUCCAGAAAUUAUUAGAGUGUGCCAGUAUGGCAAAUGCUGCCCAGCUGUUAGGCAUCACUUUGGACCAGAAAGUGACCGACUGCUUGGUUAUGGUACACAGCGAGCUGUUGGCUUCCAUAAGAACUUGGUUGUUUUGGAUGUUGCAGAAGGAGAGACUCAACAAACAACAUUUGGAAGUUCUCGUCGAAAUUACGAUAAUGAUGUUGGUGAAACCUGAAAGUACACCAAAUAGUAUUGGCUACUCUGCCGCUUGUCUGCUUCAUUCUAUGAGUGAUUUAGUGCCUCCUCAACAGAUUCUCGAAUUUAAGCCUUUACUAGACUUCAUUAACAGGGCGAGUUCCGUCAGGCACCCUUCUCCAAAUAUUAGACAGUUGAUUGAUGAAUCAGCCUGUAAUUUAUUGUUGAGCGACUGCAAUAAGUUGAAAGCAGGAGGAGAAUACAUGAGGGAGUUCCGGACAUACCGUAUGUUCACAUAUAUGGACAAUUUGACCAAGGAGUUCAAUCUGUUAACCCCAACAACGGAGGAAGAAAAAAUAAGGAGGGUCUCGUCCAAUACUCUGGGAUCGCUGACUCACAUCGUGGAUUUCUGCAGGAAAUUUUCCACGCAGAGCAAAAAAACGCUGUACCAGUGCUUGCAAGACACGAUCAAGCAAUCGUUGAGACUCUUUCCCAUGUAUGUGACUUACACGGAAGUGAGUCAGGACAUCUUGACUUUGUUCGUGAAGGUUCUCGGUGUGCUGCAGGCACAGAUAGGAUUGGAGGGUACAAAGGAGGCUCUGGAUAUAAUCCUCAAGGUGGCCCUGCAGAAUGUCGACAUGGCGUGUAUAGAGAAGUUGCUGGAAAUAAUGAAGCUCGUUGUGGAAGUCCCGGGUUCGGCUUAUAGGACGCUUUUGCCCUCGAUUGUGGAGUUGUGUUUGCAGAAUCUCUACCAGAUGGUGCUCAACAAGAGCAAGGAAAAUCCAGAAGUAUACUUGGCUCUACUUAAACUACUCUAUAGCUUAUUAGCGCAUCGUUGGCAGUAUUUCCAUCAAUCUCAAGUCCGCGCAGGUUUUUCACCCUGCGUAGAAGGGGGAGUGGCAGGGGGACCACAGAAGCCGCAUGAGCUCAUCACCAUAUUGGAGAUAUUCGGACAGGCUUUGCUUCAGGAAGAUAUAAAUAUCUCGAAAUUCAGUAUUGGAGCUUUGGAAGAUCUCGACCAGAAAUGGAACCUUUACAUGAAGGAUAUCUUCAGGGAACAUCUGUUGGUUAAGUUCUUGAACGUGCUGGUGGGGGCUCUGUUGAACAAGGCAUAUUCUUUGCUUAGCGAAGAUGUUCAAAUCGCUAUAUUUCAUAUGGCAGAUUGUAACCACCAAAUAUUCUUCGAUACAUUCCUGCCGGAAUUUGUUUGUUCUUUGGAGGGACUUACUGCCCCUCAACGUCAAGAAUUGGUGAAAAAUUUCCAGCGUGAGAAGGAUAUGCCGUCCUUCAUCAACCAGUUGAAAAUGUUCGUGAGAAGGGCACAAACGUUGACAAUGUGCAAUUCCUAACUAGCGUUGUAAAAUGACUGAAGCAGUUAGAAAUAAGUUUUCGUAUUGUACUCUAAACGAAUUUGUAAAUUGGUAUAUUUAUAAAUGGUUUAUAAAAAAGUUUGAAUUCA